AAAACAGAUGGCGAGUAACUUUAACUUAGGAGUAGCAUUGAUGGCAAUUACCUUAUUGACCUGAGAAAACGCGUGAAACGAUCAUCUUUUCCCGAUAAAUUGAACACGAAAUUGUGCACCUACAAUAAUAAUAAUAAUAAUAAUAAGAGUACUAAUAAUAAUAAUGACAAAGAGGGAUUUCGAGAAAAACAAACGUGUAGAAGAAAAAGAGGCAAAGCAUUUUGGUUGUUUACAUUUAUUGACGGAAACAAGGGAAAUAUGUUAAGUUUUCAAUUGGAAGAGGUGGUUUGUUAUUUGUUAGCAAGGAAUCAAAAAUGAUGUUACAACGAAAUUGAAAAUCGAUUGUCAUGGUUACGUCUUGUUGUGCUAUUAAUUGUACAGAACGACACGUUAAAGGAGGCAAGGUAACUUUCCACAAGUUUCCAAAAAAUGAAGAAAUACGAGAAAUUUGGCUUGAGAAAUUGAGAAGGAAAAAUUUCAUGCCGCGCGACUCUGCACGCGUUUGCUCAAAACACUUCACUGAAGAUUGCUUUGAUACACAGAAACUGGGAGGGCACUGGCUGAAACCAAAUGCUGUGCCAACAUUGUUUGAUUUUCGGAAAUGUGUUGGCCAUAAAGUUUCUGAAAAACAUCCACCAAAAAGACGGAAAAUUGAUAAAACUAUGUACACUGUGAUUUGUCAUAAAUCUGAACAGCCAUUAGAAGUGAGAAAUGGUACAAACAGUUUGGAAACUCCUAUCAGUCAUUUGUACGAAAGACAAACAACAUGUUCUCACAUAAGUGGGAAGGCAGUGACCUCUGAAAAAACUGCUGAAUCAUCUAGCAAAACAAGGUUUCCGAAGGAUGCAGCGAGACGGGCUGCGUGGAUUGAGGCGGUCCACAGGAAGAACUGGACUCCAACCAAGAACAGCAUGCUCUGCUCAGACCACUUCACCGAGGACUGCUUUGACAGGACCUCUCUCUCGGUGGUCAGACUGCGGGAGUACGCCGUGCCGUCUGUGUUCCCAACCUUCCCGGACCAUUUGAAGAAGAAAGUUGAACGUCUCAAAAACCAGCACGAAAAGGAUUUUAAAUUGAGAUAUGAACUGGAGAACCAGAAAAAGCGUGAGUGUCUUAACAGCAGUGAACUUUGUUACAAGAUGGAUACGAAGAACUUGGAGAAGUCACAAAUAAUAAAACAAGAGAUUUUCCCACCAAAUGUGUGUAGAAUUUGUGCCAAUAUUUGUGACCGUUUGGUGCCUAUUUUCGGAGAUCGUGCCAAGGAGAAAGGGUUGGUGACCAAGAUUCACACUCAUCUCCCCAUCAUGGUCACUGUGCAAGAUGCAUUACCAGUCAACAUUUGUGAAGAUUGUCUCGGGAAGUUGAAUGUGUGCCACAAUAUUGUCAAUACUUGCCUGAAUGCGGACACAACUUUAAAGUGUAUGUUUGGUCUGCCAAGCGAACAGGCUGAGGAAGUUUUCCCAGAAAGUGAUACCAUUAGACAGCCAGUACCUGCGCUGUCAGAAACUGCAGUCACCAGGCCUGUGUUGGUACCCUCAAGUGCCUCUGUGGGAUCGACCCCUGUGAUCCCAAACGGCUCGCUGCAGGCUGAGUCGAGCACUACAGUUACAGGGCGGGCGCCCGUGAAGCAAGCAUCUGCGAAGAGGGCAGAGCCGACGUCAGGGGAGGUCUACUCCCACGAGACGAGCGACGCCCAGGUGGUCGGUGGGAAGGCGUGUCCCCAGCGCCGGGAGGGUGACCGCUUGUUCCCCGGCACGAGGCGCGGGGUGCAGCUGGAGCGACAGUACGUGUGCCCCACGUGUGGCAAGGCGUUCCGCGACGGCUCCGCGCUGCACCACCACCAGGACAUCCACCGAGACAUCAAGUACACGUGCAAGGAGUGCGGGAAGGUGUACGGCAACCGCAGCGGGCUGUACUGGCACGCCUGGACGCACCGCAACGCCACGUUCCUGUGCCCGGUGUGCGGCGAGCUGGUGCGCAAGGGCAGCUCGGUGUACACCCACAAGAUGAAGCACGCAAGAGCCUGUCAUUGGUGUGGAGAGAAGUUCAGUGACUGGGAGAUGCUAAAGGCACAUAAAAGAUUGAGACACAAGAACUGCCCCAACAAGUGCACCUGCUGUGCAAAGCAGUCUGCAAACACCGACCGGAAGUCUGACGUUCUUUCGUCACCAUGCAAGGAUUGGUGGGAGUGCGAGUUCUGCGGAUGUGCGUUUGCCCGCCAAUCUGCCCUCAGCAUCCACAUGACGCGCAAGCACAGGUGCCACCACUGCAUGCAGUGUUUCAAGGACAAGUACGAACUGAGCGCCCAUGAGCGCACGCACAUGAGGGAAGGGAAUGCCGAAGACGAAGAUGACAAGCCUCACAGUGUAGCGUCGGCACAAGAUUCUUACACUGUGUUCACGUGUGAUGGAUGCGGGGAAGUCUUCUUCCACGUCCACCGCUACUGCAGGCACAGAGCAGAAUGCAAGAGUCUGCAGAACUGGGAGUGCCAUAUUUGUGGGAAAGUGUUGAGUGAUAGUUUUGGGGUUAUGGUGCAUAAACAGGUUCACAGCAGUCGGAAACCAUACCGAUGCCACUUUUGCAACAAACGCUUUGGGUUCGUGAAUCUCCUUAAGAAACAUUCCAUAAUUUCGCAUCCUGUAUUGUGGUGAAGUUUCAGAUAAGACAUCUGAGACUUAAGUAUGACCUACAGACACAUCAUUUAUUGCUCAACUGUUUAUUUUUGUGUCUGAAUACCAACACAUACACUGACACACACACACACACAUUCACACUCCUUUUGAAUACGGUCCUAUAUAAUGGUCUUCUGUAUGAAUUUCCUUUUUUUUUUUUUUAUUUACACAGGCAAUAAAUAUACUUCUGUCAUA